AUGAAUUUUCUUCCUUUUUUUUUCCUUUUUUUAGAAGGUAAACCUUAUAUUUCAAUGCGAACGUUAACAGCUUUAAUUAUUUUUUGCCUCUUUCGAUUGUCCAUUCAAUUCUAUCUUCCUGGUAUAGCUCCUGUAAACUUCUGCGAGAAGGGAAAAGAAGAUAAAACAUCUGAUUCAUUUGGAUUUUGCACAGAUACCAAGGACGAUUCACCGGUUGAAAAUCUUGGACAAGUAGUUUUUGGCGAACGUAUCAAACCGAGUUUGUACAAUAUAUCUUUUAAUGAACCACAAACGUGCACCAGACUUUGCGUGAAAGACUAUAGAGCUGGUGAUCCAAUUGAUAGGCAAAAAUUGCUGUUACUGAAAAGUGGCAUGAAGCUAAAUUAUCAGCAUCGCUGGAUAGUUGACAAUAUGCCAGUGAUGUUUUGCUUCUUGAACCAGCAGGGUAAUCUUGUAUGCACUACCGGUUUUCCGAUGGGCUGUUACGUGACUCCUGGGGGUAUACCUAAGGACGCCUGCAUGUUGGAUACAAAGUACAGAGAGAGGGAUAAUUAUUAUAUAUUUAACCAUGUGGCUAUUAGUAUCGCAUACCGCAAUUUGAGUAAUGACGCCAACUUUUUUGAACACGGUGAUUGGAAUCGUAUUAUCAACAUCACUAUUCAGCCACGAAGUAUAAGGCAUCCGUCAGCAAACAAGUUGGAUUGUUCGCCUAAUGCACCUGCAUUGAAUAUUCCAGCAAGUGCCGAAGAAGCUAGUAUUGUUUACUCGUAUUCAGUUAGCUGGGAGACGUCGGACGUUAAGUGGUCUUCCCGAUGGGAUUAUAUUCUCAGUUCAGUGCCUCACAGUAACAUUCAGUGGUUUUCAAUUAUGAACUCACUUGUCAUAGUUAUCUUCCUUUCUGGAAUGGUUGGUAUGAUCUUGGUUAGGACUUUGCAUCGAGAUAUAUCUCGGUACAACAGACUUGCUGUUGAUGAGGACGCUCAGGAAGAAGUUGGUUGGAAACUUGUGCAUGGAGACGUCUUUCGUCCCCCUCGUUAUGCUUUGCUUUUAUCGGUAUUUGUUGGCAGUGGUUGUCAGAUCCUCUUUAUGGUUGCCGUCACAUUGGUAUUUGCGUGCUUGGGCUUCUUGUCGCCCGCAAACCGUGGUUCAUUGAUGACAUUUGCCCUUGUGUUCUACGUUCUUUUUGGAGUCGUUGCAGGAUACGUUUCAGCCCGAUUGUAUAAAACUAUGAAUGGUCUUGCUUGGAAGACUAAUGUGCUGAUGACCAGCUUUUUAACUCCUGGAAUUGUUUUCACAGUCUUCUUCAUUUCUAAUUUAAUGUUGUGGACAAAAGGUUCGUCUGCUGCAGUACCUUUCGGCACUCUUGUUGUUCUUUUAUCAAUGUGGCUGUUUAUUUCAAUUCCAUUAACAUUUGUGGGAUCAUUCUUUGGUUUCAAGAAAAGACCAAUUGAGCAUCCGGUUCGUACGAACCAGAUUCCUCGUCAAGUGCCGGAACAAACACUUUAUACCAAACCAUUGCCAGGAAUGCUGAUGGGUGGAAUACUUCCGUUUGGCUGCAUCUUUAUACAAUUAUUCUUCAUCUUAAACAGCAUUUGGGCUCAUCAGACGUAUUACAUGUUUGGGUUCCUCUUCCUCGUAUUUCUUAUCUUGAUAGUUACCUGCAGCGAAGCUACGAUUUUGUUAUGCUACUUCCAUCUUUGUGCUGAAGAUUACCACUGGUGGUGGCGUUCAUUUUUCACUUCUGGGUUUACUGCCGUGUAUCUUUUUGCAUAUUGCAUUCAUUACUUCACGGCGAAGCUUACCAUUGUUGGAACAAUCUCAACCAUACUUUAUUUCUCGUAUACAUCAAUUAUUGUAUUUAUAUUUUUCCUCGCGACAGGGGCUAUUGGUUUUCUUGCAACAUUUUACUUUGUGGAAAAGAUAUAUGGAUCAGUCAAAGUUAACUAA